CGGCGCGGCGCGGCGCCAUCUUGCAGCCGGCGGCGCGGAUUGAAUGAGCCCGCCGAGCCCGGGCCGCCGUCGGGAGCAGCGCAGGCCGCGAGCCGCCGCCACCAUGGCCACGCCGCUGGCCGGCCGCGCGGGCGGGCCCGCCACGCCGCUGUCGCCCACGCGCCUGUCGCGGCUGCAGGAGAAGGAGGAGCUGCGCGAGCUCAACGACCGCCUGGCGCACUACAUCGACCGCGUCCGCGCGCUGGAGCUGGAGAACGACCGGCUCCUGCUCAAGAUCUCAGAGAAGGAGGAGGUGACCACGCGCGAGGUGAGUGGCAUCAAGGCGCUGUACGAGUCGGAGCUGGCCGAUGCCCGGAGGGUCCUGGAUGAGACGGCUCGAGAGCGUGCCCGGCUGCAGAUAGAGAUUGGGAAGCUGAGGGCAGAGUUGGACGAGGUCAACAAGAGCGCCAAGAAGAGGGAGGGCGAGCUCACGGUGGCCCAGGGCCGUGUGAAGGACCUGGAGUCCCUGUUCCACCGGAGCGAGGUGGAGCUGGCAGCCGCCCUCAGCGACAAACGCGGCCUGGAGAGUGACGUGGCCGAGCUGCGGGCCCAGCUGGCCAAGGCCGAGGACGGUCAUGCAGUGGCCAAAAAGCAGCUGGAGAAGGAGACGCUGAUGCGUGUGGACCUGGAGAACCGCUGCCAGAGCCUGCAGGAGGAGCUGGACUUCCGGAAGAGUGUGUUCGAGGAGGAGGUGCGGGAGACGCGGCGGCGGCACGAGCGGCGCCUGGUGGAGGUGGACAGCAGCCGGCAGCAGGAGUACGACUUCAAGAUGGCACAGGCGCUGGAGGAGCUGCGGAGCCAGCACGACGAGCAAGUGCGGCUCUACAAGCUGGAGCUGGAGCAGACCUACCAGGCCAAGCUGGACAGCGCCAAGCUGAGCUCUGACCAGAACAACAAGGCGGCCAGUGCAGCUCGCGAGGAGCUGAAGGAGGCCCGCAUGCGCCUGGAGUCCCUCAGCUACCAGCUCUCCGGCCUCCAGAAGCAGGCCAGUGCCGCUGAAGAUCGCAUCCGGGAGCUGGAGGAGGCCAUGGCCGGGGAGCGGGACAAGUUCCGAAAGAUGCUGGACGCCAAGGAGCAGGAGAUGACGGAGAUGCGGGACGUGAUGCAGCAGCAGCUGGCCGAGUACCAGGAGCUGCUGGACGUGAAGCUGGCCCUGGACAUGGAGAUCAACGCCUACCGGAAGCUCCUGGAGGGCGAGGAGGAGAGGCUGAAGCUGUCCCCCAGUCCAUCCUCGCGCGUCACCGUCUCACGAGCCACCUCGAGCAGCAGCGGCAGCAUGUCAGCCACCGGGCGCCUGGGCCGCAGUAAGCGGAAGCGGCUGGAGGUGGAGGAGCCCUUGGGCAGCGGCCCAAGCGUCCUGGGCACGGGCACGGGUGGCAGCGGUGGCUUCCACCUGGCCCAGCAGGCCUCGGCCUCGGGCAGCGUCAGCAUCGAGGAGAUUGACCUGGAGGGCAAGUUCGUGCAGCUCAAGAACAACUCGGACAAGGAUCAGUCUCUGGGGAACUGGAGAAUCAAGAGGCAGGUCUUGGAGGGGGAGGAGAUCGCCUACAAGUUCACGCCCAAGUACGUCCUGCGCGCUGGCCAGAUGGUUACGGUGUGGGCAGCUGGUGCGGGGGUGGCCCACAGCCCCCCCUCGACGCUGGUGUGGAAGAGCCAGAGCAGCUGGGGCACGGGCGAGAGCUUCCGCACCGUCCUGGUUAACGCAGACGGCGAGGAAGUGGCCAUGAGGACCGUGAAGCAGUCCUCGGUGGUGCGUGAGAAUGAGAAUGGGGAGGAAGAGGAGGAGGAAGCCGAGUUCGGCGAGGAGGAUCUUUUCCACCAACAGGUAGGCCCCUGUGCCCACUUGCGGCUGGCGGGCAGCCUCUGGGGCAGAGUGAGCUCGUGCACACACACACAUGUGUGCUGGCCGCAUCCCCGGCGGGAGCUCCAUCUGGCUGCCGUGGCUCAGGGUGAAGCCAGCCUUGGCUGUUACGGGCAUGGCAGGGACCUGUUCUUGCCUCCUGGGUCAUGCCCAUCGUGUGGAUUUGCGACAUCACAGACCUCAGGGUAGCUGGCCAGGGGGUCCCCUGAGAGGUGGGUGUUGAACAGCUCCCCAUAUGCUCUCUGGUCAACCAGGCUUCCUCAGUCGAAGACACAGGUCCCUUCAGUACUGGCUUCUGGGGAGAAGAUGAGUGCAGAAACCACAGCUGCAUUAAAUGCGUGCAUCGCAAGUUCCUGUGAUUGUUUUGGAACCCAAAACAGAACGUGUAGCUCACAGGCGGGCUCAUGGGGAAAUGGAAGUGGAAUGGAAGGCUCUAGAAAUAGACACUGUUGUCGCUCAGCCCCUCCCUGGUGGGGAGGUGGGGGCAGCCAUCUACCUGCCAGCCGCCUCCAGGCUGGCCCUGAUCGUGGCCGUCCUUCCUUCCUUCCUUCCUGCAGGGGGAUCCGAGGACCACCUCGAGAGGCUGCUACGUGAUGUGAACCCACACUCCUCAUCCACUCACCUUUCUUUACCCAGAGCCACUGAAAACUAUUUUUAUAUCAUUGGCUUUCUUUAGUUCUUGAUACAUUUCUAGAGAAUUUCUAAGCGAACUGCCAGAACGUGUGGGUGGGUCUCCCCCAGCCCUCCCUCCCGGCGGGUCUCCUCCAGCCUCACUUCGCUGCCACUUCAGCGCUGCCCUGGAGACUUUUCAAUCCCACCCCACUCCCCAUCUCACCAUUUGGUCAAAUUGGAAGCCCAGGGCCAGGACCCCAAGGUUUAGAAGAUGCUCGGGCUUGGAGGGAGGAGGGCCGGCGAGGCUAGAGAGGGGACAGGAGACGGCCCUGAUGCGGACGGAGCGUGGAAACUGCAUAGGAAUUCAACGGUGAUGGAUUUUUUUAAGGCUUUCUACAAAACCAAAUUCAGAAUCCAGGUGUCGACCUGGUGGGGCGGGGGGCCAAGCCUGCAUUCUGGCUGCCCAGCUUCGGACAGCGGGAAUUCCUCAGGCAGCCACGCAGCAGGUGUGGACCAGCAUGGGGAUGCGUGGCCCCCAGGGUGGGUUUUCACUCCGCUGCCUGGGCUUCCAGAUUCCCGCUCUGGCAGCGCACUGGCCGGGUUUCUCAGACCGUAGACUUUAUUUGGGGGAGUUUUCCCUCAGUUCAGUUCCUGACUGUGCAGGGCCAACAGGGCAGGAGAGGGGAAGACCCGGGGAAGGAAGAAUGAGGACAGUCCCGUCGUAAGACCUGUCACAACGAUAAGCAGGGAGGGGAGAUGUGGAGGGGACACAUCUGAUUGCCUCUGAGGCAGAGGCUGUGAGUUUCAGAACAGCUGUCUGCAGGGAACACCACCAUGCUGACCCUCUGGAGGAGAGCGCUGUGGAGCCCCUCCCGUGUUCCAGCUCCGUCUGCCCUGCGCCUAUAUAUACACAUGCGUCUAUCCAUACUGCAGCUUUUAUCUGUGAUUUCCUCGCUGAAACCAUGUUUCUCAGACAGGCCAAGGCCACCUGACUCCUAUCACGACGCACCCAAGCCCCUCAGUCCAGCUUCCCAACGCCUGGUACCCCCCUUUGGCAAUAGCUCACCGUUUACACCCUCCCUCAUAGAUACACAGAAGUUAUUUUUUUAAUGGAUAUUUAUUUUUUUACAUUGGUCAGUACGCAGGUCAGGAGCUCACGCCAGGGCCUUGAGGACAGGCUGACCCUCCUCCCCGGGGUGGGGCGGGGCUGGGGCACCCUCCGACGGCAGAGCCUCCUUCAGAAAGUGCAGCUCAAGUCUUAAAGACACCAAAACUGAGCCAUGGGCAGGCGCUGUCUCCGGGCCACGGCGUUCACUGCAGGGCGGGGGCGGCACCGUUCCCCUGUGACUGUGCACCCCGCCUCCCUGGGGACCUGCCUGUGGGAGGAAGGAAUGGGGGGCCCCAGCCCCAGGUCGGGAAGGAGCCAGCGGCCUGACAAAGCAGAAACACCUGCUGCUCCAUGCAGCCCCCGCUCGCUGUCCUUGCUCUCAGAAGUCCCUGUCCCAUGUAGAUAGAGGGGGGCGCAUCUUACCAAAGCAUUUUCUCCUGGAGGCUACGCCGCUGGAAGUGGGAAUGCUGGCGACAGACUCCUUUUCCCCACCUUUGUGGCAGGAAUCACCCGCACCCGACUGGCUGGGCUUCGUGCCAGCGAGGGUUCUGGGGGUGGGUCUUGGUGAUCUUGUCCUGUGGGGAGUCUGCAGUGGUCUCAGCCACAUCCUAUGUAUUUUGGCCCUGGAGGAGCAAAGCUGUAUCCUGGAGUUGGUCUGUGAUUUGCCGACAGCCUUGAAGGCUGGGCUCAGGGACAAAGUCUCCCCCAAAAUCCGCAGGUCCUGAUGUCCAGACGCUGCCCAGUCCUGUCCUGAACACAGCACGCCCCAGGCCCACAGAACCCCCCACCCUAUAUUUGCCUUGGGUGGAGCUGGGGGUGGUCCUAGGACUGCGGGUGCCCUUAGCUGAAGGGGGUGGGGAGAAGCGUGGACUGGGCAGCCUGUGGGUGAUUGGAGGUUUAUUGAGAAUUGAAUCUUUGGAAACACUAAGAAAAUCAAAUUUUUAACAGUUAUUUAUGGCCUGGGAAACAAUUUGCAUUUGUCCCCAAAUACGCUUAGCUGUGUGCCGCUUAGAACGAUGCGAAACCAUCCCUCUGUGUAAGCCCAUGCCGUGUGACUCGAAGCCUAGCGCCCUCCCUGCGAAGCAUCAGACGCCACCCAGCCCUGGGGGGAGGCCCACGGCUGCUGGACCAACGCGGGUUCUGGGGUGCACAGCGCCAGGUUAAGGCUGAAGCCUGCCCCGCUGAGCCCAGGAGCUGGGAGGCCUGCGGGCUGACCCAGAAUCCGAUCAUGCACCUGUCCUCAUGCCAGCGGCUUUGGCUGGUGUUGGUCUGAGGCCUGCACGCGGCAGUUCUUUGUUAAAGAUCCGAGGGACUCAGUCCUGGGGCGUCGCCGCCUGCAGCCUCUUCCAAGCCCUGCGCCCAGCGAGCGUCACAGCACAACCUGCAAACGGAGCUGGGCUGCAGCCGGGGCUGGCAUGGACUUUCAUUUCAGAGAUUCGGUUUUUAAGAAGAUGCAUGCCAAAUGUGUUCUUUUUUUUUUUUUUUUCCCAAUGAUUUGUAAUAUACAUUUUAUGACUGGAAACUUUUUUGUACAACACUCCAAUAAACAUUUUGAUUUUA